UCGCGACUAUAUAUCGGUCAGCAAUCUAGGGUUAGGGUUUUUCCAAGCUAGAAGAACAGCUCUGCCGCCAUGGUUCUCAAGACCGAACUCUGCCGCUUCAGCGGGGCCAAGAUUUACCCUGGGAGGGGUAUCAGAUUUGUCCGAUCAGACUCUCAGGUCUUCCUCUUUGCCAAUUCCAAAUGCAAGAGGUAUUUCCACAACCGGCUGAAGCCCUCGAAGCUCUGCUGGACUGCCAUGUACAGGAAGCAGCAUAAGAAGGACAUUGCUCAAGAAGCUGUUAAGAAGAGGCGUCGUGCGACUAAGAAACCUUACUCAAGGUCCAUUGUUGGUGCUACUUUGGAAGUUAUACAGAAGAAAAGGGCAGAGAAGCCUGAAGUUCGUGAUGCUGCUCGGGAGGCUGCUCUCCGUGAAAUAAAGGAGAGGAUCAAGAAAACCAAGGAUGAGAAGAAAGCUAAGAAAGCCGAGGUGAUGUCCAAGUCACAGAAGGCGGGUAAAGGCAACAUGCCUAAGGCUUCUGCUCCGAAGGGCCCCAAGCUUGGAGGUGGUGGCGGGAAGCGGUGAAAGUCCAUUGUCUCCUGUGUUCGUGUUGGGUACUAAACACUUGAAAUGUUCCAUGAUUUUGUUAGCGCUGAUGUUAGUUCUAUCGUUUCAGUCGCACUUAUUGGGUUUUCAUUUAUUUUUAGUUAAUUUCGCAUGUAUUGACACCAUUUUUGUACACUUUAUUCUCGUGCGAUUAUCAAUUCAGGGUUGUUUGUUUCGAGCAA